AUGAAUUGCAGAUUUGAUUAAGAAAUCGAUACCAUUCAGCAAAACCCCAUAAAUCCAAGCAACUCCCAUUCCAGCAAGCAAAAGAAUUAUCUUUGCAACCUAUUAAGUAAUUUAUGCAUUCAUAUCUUCAACAGAUAUUUAAUAGCCAAUUAACAAAGAACAUGACAAAUAUUCAGAUAAUAUUAAAAUUUAGCAAAAAUCUAAUCAAUCUAUCAAUGACAUACACAAUAGGCAUUCCUUCAAACCCAGAUUGUCUACUAUGCCCAAUCUAGAAGAAGUGGAGAGAAUCGAUAGAAUAAGCAAUUAAUUUUAAUAAACCAUGGCGAAACUGGAAGAAGCCUAAGAACUCAACUCUACCCAUAAUUAAGACGCAUACCUUUAAAAAGUUGUAAUUGUGCAAUCCAAAAUUCGUUCAUUUUUAAUGAGAAGACAAUACCUGAACCUCAAAACGCAAUUUCAAUAUAGAAAAAGAGUUCUCAAUGAACUUUUUAUAACCGAACAAUCGUAUUGCUAAGCACUAACAAUAUUGAUAAAUGCGUAUUUAAAACCAUUAAGAGAACAAAAUAAAUUAAUAUCUUCAUAAAUUAUUUAAUAGAUAUUUUCUAAUGUGGAAGCCAUUUAAUAGCUCUCCGUCGACAUCCUGGAAAUAUUUAGGAAGAAACUAGAGCAAUUUACAUAUUAUUCCCUUAUAGCCGACAUAUAAUUGCAGCAACACAUCUCUUUCUUUAAAAUUUACUCAAUCUAUUUGGUGAACUAUCAAAAAGCCUUUAGUGUACAAAUGAAAUUAAAAAAGGAAAACAAACCGUAUAAACAAUUCUUGGAUGCAAUAGACAAAUAAAAUCAAGGAAAGACCUUGGAAUCCUAUUUCUUGAUUUUGCCUGUCUAACGUAUACCUAAGUAUGUACUUUUAUUUAAGGAUCUCUUAAAAAAUACAUCUCAAGAUCACCCUGACUACACUAAUAUUAAGUUGGUUCUUGAAAAAUUUGAACAAGUUGCCAAUCAAAAUAACAAAUCAAUGGAUAGUCUACUUAAAAAUCAAAAGUUAUUUGAUUUAUAAAAAUAGUAUGGGAACUUCGUAAAAAUCCUAGAGUAGAGUAGAUAAUUUCUAAGAGAAGAAUCUCUUCAUAUGUACUACACAAAAGGAGCUUAAAUCAAACCUGUUAUUGUUUAUUUUCUUUCUGACUUGAUUCUUGUAACAGAAAGAGAUCAAACAAAAUAAGAACAUAACUUUAAGACUUUUAUCAAACUUAAUUAUUAAAGUAAAUGUCAAUAAUUACCUGAAAUGUGCAAGUAUAAGUAUUUAUUUCAAAUUAAUGGUGUUGACAACUCUGUAAUCUUUGUAGUUCUCAGUUAAAAUUCAGAACAGGACAUGUAAGAGUAUAUUAAUAUGGUCAAUCAAGAGAUAAAGGAACUUUAGGAUAAAAAAGCAGAAAGAGAUAAAGCACUUUAAGAGAUGAUCCCUGAAAAAUAAAAAGUUAACCAAAUUGAUAAUAUAAGUGUUUCCAUUUAAAUCAUUGGAACUGAAGAAGUCAUUGAUGCAACCAAUAACAAAUUUACUUAGUAUAUAUUCGAGAUAGAUAUAAACAAUAAUAUUACUUAAAAGAUAUACUUAAGAUACAGUUUGUUUAAAAAAGUAUAGCAAGAAGUGAAAGCGCUGUUUCCAAAAAUAAAAAUAACUGAAAUUAAAGAGAAUUCGUAUUUUGAUAGAAAUGAAGCUGCAGUCAUAGAUGUAUAUAUUGUAUGUUAUUAUUAGAAAAGGAAAAUUGUGAUGAUAGAAUUUCUAUAGAUAUUAUUGAAUGCAUCUGAGUUUAAGGAGAAUAAAACAUAAAACUAAUUAAUUUUAGCAUUAUUGGGAUUGCCUGAAAACUUUUAUGAUUUGCCUGCAAUUCUAGUGAAAUAAUACAGAUAAUCAAUUAUGGGAGUUGGAAUUAAUUUUAGAGCAUCAAAAAAACCAGCAAGUGGAACUAUAGACUAUUCAUAGAAUUCAGUAAGUUUUAGUUCAAAUGAAAAUUCGAAUUUUACAACUAUGAUCACCUAAAUUAGUUCCCCCAGGGAUGCUCAUAAAUAAAUUGAAGUAUAAUCAUCUGCCUUAAAGUUUUCUGAUUAAAAGACUGAAUAGACUAUAAGCUAGAUUGCAAAAGAUCCUUAAACUCCAGUUCGAGGGUUAAGAGCUGCAAGCAUGAAAAAUUUAAGAAAGAUUUCUGCGACUCAAUUAUUGGCUGUAGAAAGCAAAGGAAAUUCUAGACAAAGUUCAGUAGUAGACAAGGAGUUUUUGAAUUCUAUUUAGGUCAAAAUUAAAGUCAUGAUAUUUCUAAGUUUUAAAUAGGUUGAGAAAGAGUUUUUUAUAAACAAAGACACAUCAGCUUUUAAUUUAAUGGAAGAGAUAGCAACUGAAAUAUAACUUUAAUCUGCUUAUGAUUUUAGAUUAUAUUAUAUUGAUAACACCUAUUUAAAACCUUUGGAUAAUGAUGAGAGGCUGUGGAAUUUUUUAGUCAGAUUUGAUGAGCCUUUUGGUCUUUUUAAAAAGUCUUAGAAAGUGCCUUUUUAUAAUGGAAAAUUGCUAUAGCUCAGGAAACACUUAUAUGUAUCAAAUAAGGAGGAGACAGAUUAUUACACUUAGGACUUAGUGAGAUUACAAUUAAUCAGUUAUCAGUUAUUUGACGAUAUUAGCAACAUGAGAUUAACACUGGGUCCUAAAGAUCAUAUUCUCUACACAGCCUUUUAUCUGUAUAUAAAUGGAUACAAAACUAUUGAUCCAAAAAAAAUUCCUAUGAAUGAAAUAAAGAAGGUAAUAUAAAUUAUUUGAACUUAUUAGUUUCUACCUCCGAUUGCCAUGAAAAUCAUAACAUAAGACGAAUGGUGUAAUUUUCUACCCACUUUGGUGCAAAAUUUUCAUUGCUAAAUUAUAAAUGAGAAGUAGAAUUAAUAGUAAUAGAUGAAAUCAGAAUUCAAUUUAAGAAAUAAUUAAAAUGAGAGAUUUUAGAAUUAGUAGAUGACUGAAACUCAUUUUGCAUUAUUGGUUUUUUUGAAUUUGUUAAAAUCUAAAAAAUUUUUUGGGGUUGCAAAAUUCUCUGUGAAGCCUGAAAAGGAUAACAUAACUAAAAUAAUAGAGCUAAGCAAUACUUAUUGGAAUAAAAAGAAGAUGCAAGAUAAAUCAUUAUAAAAUUAUAACACUGAAAAUAUCAAGGGAAUGUAAUCUUUAUGUUUAGGAGUUGGAUAUAAUUCCUUAAUACUACUUUCAUCCUUCAUUUCAUCAUUUGAAUUAAUAGAGAUAGGUUUCGAUGAAAUUGAGUCGAUCAGCUCUUUAUAAACUACAUUAAGUAUAUAUUUGGAGGAGGCAACUAAGCAAAGUGGCCAUUAAAGGAGCAAUUAAAAUAAUAAAGAGAAACUUUGCUUAAAAUUUGAAACUGAAAAAAGCUAUUAGAUAAAAUAGUUGGUUGAUGAAUAUUUCAAACUUUAAAUGGAAAAUCAAGAAUAAACAGAUGAAUAUAUUUGA